UUCCUAUAAAUUGUCCAGAUAUAUCGGGAAAGCGAUUACAGUCAGUUUUCGGAUUUUGUGUCACGAUGUCGUUCUUCAUCCUCGGAUUCAUAUCCUUGCUGGCGUUCGCAGUCGCCCAUAAAGAUCUGCAUUAUGCCGGCGAUAGGCGAACUACCAUGGUUCACUUGUUCGAAUGGAAGUUCAACGACAUUGCCAAAGAAUGCGAAGAUUUUCUCGGUCCGAUGGGCUACGGUGGUGUGCAGGUUUCCCCCAUAAACGAGAAUCUCGUGAUGGAGAACAGGCCAUGGUACGAGAGGUAUCAGCCGAUCUCUUACAAUAUUAUUACUCGAUCCGGGAACGAAGCCGAAUUUAAGGAUAUGGUGGAAAGAUGCAACAAGGCUGGCGUGCGGAUAUACGUUGACACGGUCAUCAAUCACAUGUCAGCGGAUGCACAGCCCGCGUACGGCACCGGUGGCACGUUAGCAAAACCAGAUAACUUAAGCUAUCCGGGAGUCCCGUACAGUUCCGAGGAUUUUAACCAUCCAGCGUGUACCAUCCACGAUUAUAACAACGCUGCAGAGGUCCGCGAUUGCGAGCUGUCCGGUCUUCACGAUCUCAAUCAGACCAAGGUGCACGUCCAAGAUAAAAUAGUUGAAUAUUUUAACAAGGUCAUCGAUCUUGGAGUCGCUGGCUUUCGCAUCGACGCCGCCAAACACAUGUGGCCAGGGGAUCUGAAGGCUAUUUACGAGAGAAUAAAGAAACUAUCCCCUGAGAACGGGUAUCCGCAGGACGCGCAGUGUUACAUUUACCAAGAAGUCAUCGAUCUCGGUGGCGAGGCCGUCAGCAAGCUCGAGUACAAUAAGUUGGCAGGUGUCAUUGAGUUUCGGUACGGCAUUACUUUGGGUAAUAUGUUCCGUAAGAUGGACAACUUGGCGAGAUUGUACAAUUUCGGCGACGAGAAUGACUGGAGCCUGCUACCCUCUGCCGACGCGUUAGUCAUGGUUGACAAUCAUGAUAAUCAGAGGGGCCACGGUGCCGGUGGAGCCACCAUUUUGACGCACAAGGAGCCGAAACUGUACAAGAUGGCAGUAGCCUUUAUGCUCGCCCAUCCUUACGGUCACGCUCGGGUAAUGAGCUCGUUCGCGUUUACCGAUCCCAGUCAAGGCCCGCCGGCGAAUUCGGACGGCAGCAUCAUUUCGCCCGAGAUCGUCAACGGCGAAUGCGUCAACGGCUGGGUCUGCGAGCACAGAUGGCCGCAGAUUUAUCGCAUGGUCCAAUUUCGCAAUCUGGUAAACGGCGAGGUGAUAGCGAAUUGGUGGAGCAACGGGAAGAAUCAGAUCGCCUUCUCGCGCGGCGCCAAAGGAUUCGUCGCCUUUAACGUCGAGGGUGAUCUACGCGAGAAGUUGCAGACCGGAUUGCCAGCAGGGACAUAUUGUGAUGUCAUAACCGGAAAUGUGGUCGACGGCCAGUGCAGCGGAAAGUCGGUGCAUGUUGGCGACGAUGGUACCGCUAUGGUCGAGAUUCUAUCAAACGAGCCGGAAGGUGUGCUCGCUCUUCACAUUCAGGAGAGACUGUGAAGCACGCGUGGACAAAAAACUUGUAGACGCGCCAUUUUAAGAAUCUUUGUGGCUAAUAUUUGUGUAGACUUGUGCAACUGUAGAAAUACUGUAAUUGAAUAAACAGGCAUGUAAGAUAUUGCACUC